AUGGAUGUAGAAGCAGCGGGUAUGGAAGAAGGGAAGGACAUGAAAAACAGCGUGAUGUGUCAGUUGACUGACCCAGAAGGUACACCUCUGGGACCGUCGAUGUACCUCCCGCAGAGCGCCGGCCCCAAGGAACUUCAGCAAAUAGUCAAUCAACUCCUCAACAAUGAGGAAAAAAUGCCAUAUGCAUUUUAUGUGUCAAACCACGAGCUCGUGGUGCAACUUGUUUCGUACCUGCAGGACAACAAAGUGUCUCUGGAGAAGGUCUUGACUAUAGUUUACCAGCCUCAAGCAGUAUUUCGAAUACGUCCAGUUACUCGCUGUUCUUCAACUAUUACUGGUCAUACUGAGUCUGUACUUUCAGUUUCCUUUAGUCCUGAUGGGCGACAGUUGGCAAGUGGAUCAGGUGAUACGACUGUUCGUCUAUGGGAUCUAAAUACUCAGACUCCAUUAUUCACGUGCAAAGGCCACAAGAACUGGGUACUUUGUAUUGCAUGGUCACCGGAUGGUAGACAUCUUGUUAGUGGAAGCAAGGCUGGAGAACUUCAAUGCUGGGACCCGCAGACUGGGAAGCCAUCUGGCAAUCCGCUUAUUGGCCACAAGAAAUGGAUAACUGGGAUUUCAUGGGAGCCAGUGCAUCUUAAUGCUCCAUGUCGUCGCUUUGUGAGUGCAAGUAAAGAUGGUGAUGCAAGAAUAUGGGAUGUUUCAUUGAGGAAAUGUGUUAUGUGUCUUACUGGACACACUCUUGCUAUAACCUGUGUUAAAUGGGGUGGAGAUGGAGUAAUAUAUACCGGAUCUCAGGAUUGUACAAUUAAAAUGUGGGAAACUUCACAAGGGAAGUUAAUACGUGAAUUGAAGGGCCAUGGGCAUUGGGUUAAUAGUCUGGCGUUGAGCACAGAAUACGUUCUUCGGACUGGUGCCUAUGAUCACACUUGUAAGCAAUAUUCAUCUCCAGAGGAAAUGAAGAAGGUAGCAUUAGAAAGGUAUAAGAAAAUGAAGGGCAAUGCUCCUGAACGUUUGGUCUCAGGUUCAGAUGAUUUUACCAUGUUUUUAUGGGAACCUGCAGUCAGCAAACACCCCAAAACUCGUAUGACUGGUCAUCAACAGCUCGUCAAUCAUGUUUACUUUUCACCUGAUGGGCAAUGGAUUGCAAGUGCCUCCUUUGACAAGUCAGUCAAGUUAUGGAAUGGUAUUACAGGAAAGUUCGUUGCUGCAUUUCGUGGUCAUGUUGGGCCUGUCUAUCAAAUAAGCUGGUCAGCAGACAGUAGGUUGCUAUUGAGUGGGAGCAAAGAUUCAACUUUAAAGAUUUGGGAUAUCCGGACGCAAAAGUUGAAACAAGACCUUCCUGGCCAUGCAGAUGAAGUUUUUGCAGUCGACUGGAGUCCUGAUGGUGAGAAAGUAGCAUCUGGUGGCAGGGAUAGAGUUCUGAAGUUAUGGAUGGGCUAG